CUGUGGUCAUACUUAGCAGUUGUACAUUUUGUGUUGCCGGCAAAACGUUGUUCUGUUCGUAAUUUAAUUUUUUACAACUUUAACAAAAUGUCACAAUCGCAAUCCAAUAACGAUUCGCGUGUGCCCGAUGAGGAGAGCGAUUUGCUGCAAAUCAAGCCACUUGGAGCUGGCCAAGAAGUGGGACGCUCCUGCAUCAUGCUAGAGUUUAAAGGCAAGAAAAUAAUGCUUGAUUGUGGCAUACAUCCGGGACUCACGGGCAUGGAUGCGCUGCCCUAUGUGGAUCUGAUUGAAGCGGAUGAAAUUGAUUUGCUUUUCAUAUCACACUUUCACUUGGAUCACUGCGGCGCCUUGCCAUGGUUCCUCAUGAAAACGAACUUUCGUGGCCGCUGCUUUAUGACACACGCCACCAAAGCCAUUUAUCGCUGGAUGCUCUCAGAUUACAUCAAAAUCAGCAACAUUUCCACCGAACAAAUGCUUUACACCGAAGCCGAUCUCGAGGCAUCUAUGGAGAAGAUAGAAACGAUCAAUUUCCACGAGGAACGCGAUGUGAUGGGAGUGCGUUUCUGUGCCUACAAUGCCGGUCAUGUGCUGGGCGCAGCUAUGUUUAUGAUUGAAAUUGCCGGCAUUAAGAUUCUGUAUACGGGCGAUUUCUCACGCCAAGAGGAUCGUCACUUGAUGGCCGCCGAAGUACCGCCCAAAAAGCCGGACGUCUUAAUCACCGAGUCCACAUAUGGCACACACAUUCAUGAGAAGCGCGAGGAUCGCGAAAGUCGCUUCACAUCGCUAGUGCAGAAGAUUGUGAUGCAGGGCGGUCGCUGUUUGAUUCCCGUCUUUGCCUUGGGACGUGCACAGGAACUUCUCCUUAUACUGGACGAAUUCUGGUCACAGAAUCCCGAUCUGCACGAGAUACCAAUCUACUAUGCUUCGUCGCUGGCCAAAAAGUGCAUGGCGGUCUAUCAAACCUACAUCAAUGCGAUGAACGAUCGCAUUCGUCGUCAGAUUGCUGUUAACAAUCCUUUUGUAUUUCGUCACAUUUCCAAUUUGAAGGGCAUCGAUCACUUCGAUGACAUUGGACCAUGUGUAAUCAUGGCAUCGCCGGGUAUGAUGCAGUCGGGUCUCUCGCGUGAACUCUUCGAGAGCUGGUGCACAGAUCCCAAGAAUGGCGUCAUCAUUGCCGGUUACUGUGUGGAGGGCACUUUGGCCAAGACCAUUCUCUCUGAGCCUGAGGAGAUUACCACACUGUCGGGACAGAAAUUGCCGCUCAACAUGUCUGUGGAUUACAUUUCAUUCUCGGCCCAUACAGAUUAUCAGCAGACCAGCGAAUUUAUACGCAUGUUGCGACCGAAUCAUGUGGUCCUUGUCCACGGCGAACAGAAUGAGAUGUCGCGUCUGAAGCUGGCGCUUCAGCGUGAAUAUGAAGCGGAUGCCAGCACAGAUAUUAAGUUUUAUAAUCCGCGCAAUACACAUGCCGUUGAUCUGUACUUCCGUGGCGAGAAGACGGCCAAAAUGAUGGGGCAUCUGGCAGCCAAAAAGCCCGAAGUAGGCAGCAAACUCUCGGGUGUGUUGGUGAGGCGUGAUUUCAAGUACCAUUUGCUGGCGCCAUCGGAUCUUGGCAAAUACACGGACAUGAGCAUGUCUGUGGUCACGCAGCGUCAAUCGAUUCCCUGGACCAGUUCGCUGGCCACUCUGCAGCUGCUCUUGGAUCGCAUUGGGGCUGGUUGUGUGGAGAUUGUCGAGCCCGAGCGCAAGCUGCGCGUCUUCAAUUGUGUGGAGCUGACGGUGGAGCAGAAGAUCAUAAUUAUGGAAUGGCAGGCGACGCAUGUGAACGAUGUUUAUGCCGAUGCUGUGCUCGCUUGCCUCAUGCAAUCCGAGCUGGGUGGCACGAAUAUCAAAGGUGCCACCAAACAAACCAAGUCGGAGGAGACGCGUUUCCGCGAAUGCCUCAUCGAGACGCUGCAGGACACGUUUGGCGACAGCUGUGUGCCCAAAAUGUUCAAAGGUGAUCUGCUGCCGGUGAACGUGAGUGGCAAGCAUGCGGAAAUCAAUCUGGAGAGCUUGAUUGUCAAUUGUGCCGAGGAUGAAGUGUUGCGUCAAAUGCUGAAUACCACAGUGCAGAAGUUGCACCAAACGCUGGUAUCCGCUUAUUAAAGCAUAUUCCAGACUACAAUUUGAAUCUAUAGGAGUUC